CCGCAGCCCGCGGGUGGAGGCCGCGCUCUAGCCGGUGGGGGCGGGAGCGCGGGGAAGCGAUUUCCGCGGCCCGCGCACUCCCCGGGAACUGGCACCUCGCUCCGUGGGUGGGGCACAGGGCCCUGCAGGGGAAAGUGAAGUGAUGAAGCACAUUUGAUUUGGAGACAGAAGCCAGAAACUCCUCUGCCUUGCCGCGUGCCAGCUGUGUGAUCCCAGCCACUGUGGCACAGUCCUCAGCAGACAAGGAAAUGAGAAAAGUACCAAACAAUGGGAACCUGAGGAUGACGAAGGUGGCGUACCCACUGGGACUGUUCGUGUGCCUGUUCAUCUACAUCGCCUACAUCAAGUGGCACUGGGCCUCCGCCACGCAGGCCUUCCUCAGCAUCCCCGAGGUGGCCACGGGGGCCCGGGGGGGCCAGCAGUCCCGCAGUCCCCCGGGGCCAGCUGCCCACGGGCCUGAGGUCUUCUACGGCAUCAUGUUUGACGCGGGGAGCACUGGCACCCGAGUGCACAUCUUCCAGUUCAGCCGGCAGCCUGGAGAAACUCCCACCUUGACCCAUGAAACCUUCAAAGCACUGAAGCCAGGUCUUUCUGCUUAUGCUGAUGACGUUGAUAAGAGUGCCCCAGGAAUUCAGGAGUUACUGGACGUUGCUAAACAGGACAUACCCUUUGACUUCUGGAAGGCCACCCCCUUGGUCCUCAAGGCCACAGCUGGUUUACGUCUGUUACCAGGAGAAAAGGCUCAGAAGUUACUGCGAAAGGUGAAAGAAGUGUUUGAGGCAUCGCCGUUCCUCGUAGGGGACGACUGUGUUUCCAUAAUGAACGGGACGGACGAAGGUGUUGCCGCGUGGAUCACCGUGAACUUCCUAACAGGCAGUCUGAAGACCCCCGGGAGGAGCAACGUGGGCAUGCUGGACCUGGGCGGAGGGUCCACCCAGAUCACCUUCCUCCCGAGAUUCGAGGGCACCCUUCAGACCUCCCCGCCCGGCUUCCUCACGUCCCUCCGGAUGUUUAAUAGGACCUACAGUCUCUACUCCUACAGCUACCUGGGGCUCGGCUUGAUGUCGGCGCGGCUGGCCGUUCUAGGCGGCGAGGAGGGAAAGCCUGCUGAGGAUGGCGCAGAGUUGGCCAGCCCUUGUCUGCCUCCCGGUUUCAGAGGAGAGUGGGAACACGCCGAAGUAACGUACAGGGUUUCAGGACAGCAGGCAGCCCCAGCGGGGAGCCUCUACCAGCUGUGCGCCGGCCGAGUGUCCGAGAUCCUCCGAAACAAGGUGCACAGGACGGAGGAAGUGAAGGACGUGGAUUUUUAUGCCUUUUCCUACUAUUAUGACCUUGCUGCAAACGUGGGCCUCAUAGAUGCAGAGAAGGGAGGCAGCCUCGUGGUCGGAGACUUCGAGACUGCGGCCAAGUACGUGUGCCGGACGGCGGAGACCCAGCCACUGCGCAGCCCCUUCCUGUGCCUGGAUCUCACCUACGUCAGCUCGCUGCUCCACGGGCUCGGCUUCCCGGGGGACAAAGUGCUGAAGUUGACCCGGAAGAUUGACAACGUGGAGACCAGCUGGGCUCUGGGGGCCACUUUUCAUUACAUCGACUCCCUGAGCCGACAGAAGAGCCCCACCUUGUAGCAGCCCAGCUGCCAGCCGUCCCCGUAGAAGCACUGUCUCUGCGAGAAUAGGCCCCUUUGGGACCCCCAGUGUGCGGGGAGGGGGUCACGGCACAGGCUGAGACCCUCCUCCCCGUGACCUCACAGACCGGCCCCUGGACGUGCUGGAACACGGCCCAGGCCUUAGCUCCCGGUGGGCAGUGACCAGACAGGGUAAGGGGCACAGGCCGAGGCCAGGGUGGCACAGCUGCUGUCCCCACCGUCCCAUCGCAGGGACGGGAGUCUUGUUUUGUCCCACUGCCCCCAGCGGGAGCCCCCUGGGUUGGCGGACCAGGCGUCUCCUCUGUGGGUGUGGACUGUGACGUCGUCCAGAAGCCGCUUCCUUGGGUCCUCGGGCGGCUCAGGGUUAGCUGGCGGGUUGGCGCUGAGACUGGAGGAAAUGCCUCUUUGUGGCCCGUGUGCCCUGGCUUCUCGAGGCGGUCUAAACGCGAGCGCGAGCCGCUGUGAGACAUCUGUGUCUGUGAGCGAGUGAUGUCUGUGCGGUGCUGCGUGCCCGCGUAGCAGCUGCGUUCUGAGCCCAGUGGAUGUAUCGCUGCCCUGAGCCGUUUGCAGCCAAGCAGUGUCAGUCGGGCGCGCCCUCUCGCGGCCCGUCCCCGCAGGCUCGCAGGAUGCUGGCUGAGCCGUGCACAGGAUGCUAUGUGUCCCAGGCCCGCAGCCGUUCCCGUGGCAUAUGCACAGUUCACGGAAUAAGCGGAACCUCAUGCGUUCCACUUGAAAUAAAGGGUUU